AAACAUGUCCGGACGCGGAAAAGGCGGCAAAGUGAGAGCGAAGGCGAAAAGCCGGUCCUCCCGGGCUGGGCUGCAGUUCCCGGUGGGCCGCGUCCACAGGCUGCUGCGGAGAGGCAACUACGCUCAGCGGGUCGGCGCCGGGGCUCCGGUGUACCUGGCGGCGGUGCUGGAGUACCUGACCGCCGAGAUCCUGGAGCUGGCCGGAAACGCGGCCCGCGACAACAAGAAGACCCGGAUUAUCCCCCGACACCUGCAGCUGGCGGUCCGCAACGACGAGGAGCUCAACAAGCUGCUGGGCGGAGUGACCAUCGCUCAGGGCGGCGUGCUGCCCAACAUCCAGGCCGUCCUGCUGCCCAAGAAGACCGACAAGGGCCCCAAGAAGUAGACUGACACCGGGACUCACCGGGAACCCGGUUACACCCCGAAAACCACAACAACGGCUCUUUUAAGAGCCACACACCCGAAACUACAGAGCAAAAACCCGGAACCAGCUGUGACAGAGUCCCGCGAUACAACACGCACAUCGACCAAACGGCGUAAUUUAAAGUAUGAAAAUUAAAAAAACAGAAGUAAUUAAUACCACUAUCUACAAAAACAAACUUGAUAGUAACUAAAGUACCAAAGUAUCAUACAGUCAAAGUAAAAUACUUG